AACCUAAAUACUAACAUGCUGACGAUUCUAUUUUUAAGUGCGAUUCUACUCUUGUCAGUUUGGAUUCUACUGGAAAAACUUAAGAGCAGAUACUUUAUCCUGUCGUUGGCGAAACGUGUACAGACUGAAGAUGGCAGUCCACUGGAAGAAAAAGUGUUUGUAGUACCGGGCAAGACGAGAUUCGGUAAUUCUUUUGAUAUACUACAAGUGACGGCUUCGAUGCUGUUUAAAUUUAUGCGAAACGCACACUUAAAAUCAAAUGGAAAAAGUUACUUGUUGUAUUACUUUUUUGGUGUCAUCUACAAUGUAGUCCGGGCUGAAGAUGUUGAUGAGAUAAUGCAAAGUACAAAUUUAAUAACCAAGAAUGUAGUGUAUGAUCUAAUAAGGCCCUUUCUCGGCGAAGGAUUGCUUAUAAGCACUGAUCAAACGUGGCACUUCAGAAGGAAACUAUUGACACCUGCGUUUCAUUUCAAUGUUUUGCAAAACUUUUUAAAUAUUUUCAAAGAGGAGUCACAAAAGCUGAGCAAAGUGCUGCAAAAACAAACGAAUGUUGAACUGGAGCUAAAACAGAUCAUUCCAAAAUUUAUGCUCAACAAUAUUUGCGAAACUGCUCUUGGCGUUAAGCUCGAUGAUAUGGUGGAAGGGGCACAGUAUCGAAAAUCAAUACAUGCUAUAGAGGAAGUUAUAGUAGAACGCAUUGGCAAUCCGCUUUUAUAUCUGAAACCAUACUUUUAUCUGUUUGGUAGUUAUCGAAAGCACGUGACAAAUCUUCAGAUAGCACAUGCCUUCUCUAGCCGGAUCAUUGAGCGAAAGAGAGAACAAUUCAAGCAACAGCAGUCCACAUCGGUUGAUGAAUACGGAAGAAAAAAACGAUAUGCAAUGUUGGACAUGGAGUGUGUGAUUAAGGAAUCCUUGCGCCUCUUCCCAGCAGUUCCUUUCUUUGGACGUAUUUGCACUGAGGAAUGCGUGAAUUUCACACUUUUGGCAGCCGAGGACGAUGGUCUUAUCGAUCAUCAGGGCAUCUGUGAUGAAGUUAACACGUUCAUGUUCGAAGGAUACGACACUACAUCCACCUGUCUCACAUUCACACUUCUCAUGUUGGCUCUACACGAAGAUGUUCAAGAACGUUGUUUCGAGGAGCUGCAGCACCUUUCGAACGACGACAGCGAUCUCACCGUGUUCGACUACAAUAAUUUGACUUACAUGGAGUGUGUGAUUAAGGAAUCCUUGCGCCUCUUCCCAGCAGUUCCUUUCUUUGGACGUAUUUGCACUGAGGAAUGCGUGAACCUAAAUAUUAUUAUGCUGACGAUUCUAUUUUUAAGUGCGAUUCUACUCUUGUCAGUUUGGAUUCUACUGGAAAAACUUAAGAGCAGAUACUUUAUCCUGUCGUUGGCGAAACGUGUACAGACUGAAGAUGGCAGUCCACUGGAAGAAAAAGUGUUUGUAGUGCCGGGCAAGACGAGAUUCGGUAAUAAUCUUGAUGUACUACAAAUGACGCCUUCGAUGCUGUUUAAAUUUGUAAGAAACGCACAUUCAAAGUCAAAUGGAAAAAGUUACUUGUUUUAUUUCCUUUUAUGUGCCAUGUACAAUGCAGUGCGGGCUGAAGAUGUUGAGGAGAUAAUGCAAAGUACAAAGUUAAUAACUAAGAAUGUUAUCUAUGAUCUAUUAAGGCCUUUUCUGGGCGAAGGAUUGCUUAUAAGCACUGAUCAAACGUGGCACUUCAGAAGGAAAUUACUGACACCUGCUUUUCAUUUCAAUGUUUUGCAAAACUUUUUGGAUAUUUUCAAAGAGGAGUCACAAAAGCUGAGAAAAGUGCCAAAACAAAUGAAUAUUGAACUGGAGCUAAAACAGAUCAUUCCACAAUUUACGCUUAACAAUAUUUGCGAAACGGCUCUUGGCGUUAAGCUCGAUGAUAUGGUGGAAGGGGCACAGUAUCGAAAAUCAAUACAUGCUAUAGAGGAAGUUAUAGUAGAACGACUUUGCAAUCCGCUUUUACAUCUGAAACCAUACUUUUAUCUGUUUGGUAGUUAUCGGAAGCACGUGACAAAUCUUCAGAUAGCACAUGCCUUCUCUAGCCGGAUCAUUGAGCGAAAGAGAGAACAAUUCAAGCAACAGCAGUCCACAUCGGUUGAUGAAUACGGAAGAAAAAAACGAUAUGCAAUGUUGGACACACUUUUGGCAGCCGAGGACGAUGGUCUUAUCGAUCAUCAGGGCAUCUGUGAUGAAGUUAACACGUUCAUGUUCGAAGGAUACGACACUACAUCCACCUGUCUCACAUUCACACUUCUCAUGUUGGCUCUACACGAAGAUGUUCAAGAACGUUGUUUCGAGGAGCUGCAGCACCUUUCGAACGACGACAGCGAUCUCACCGUGUUCGACUACAAUAAUUUGACUUACAUGGAGUGUGUGAUUAAGGAAUCCUUGCGCCUCUUCCCAGCAGUUCCUUUCUUUGGACGUAUUUGCACUGAGGAAUGCGUGGUAAAUGGUCUGAUCCUGCCAAAAGGCACGCAGAUCAAUAUACAUGCAUUUGAUAUAAUGCGAGACCCCCGACACUUUCCAAAUCCCUCAGAAUUUCAACCAGAUCGUUUUUUACCCCAUAACACACUUAAUCGCCAUCCCUUUGCCUUUAUUCCAUUUAGUGCUGGACAACGUAAUUGCAUUGGACAGAAGUUUGCCAUUCUGGAGAUAAAAGUGAUGCUAGUCUCCGUAUUGCGCAAUUUUAAACUGUUGCCUGUAACUCGAUUGGAGGACGUUAUAUUUGAGUAUGGCAUUAUCCUGCGCACCCAAAAUAGCGUAAAGCUAAUGGUUACAAGUCGUCAGCAACAACAAAGUAGAACAUUGUAAAUUCACUUUUGAUUUACCUAUAUUUUUCUGUGUCAACCUCGACUAUAAACAAAUCAAUGUAUAUUUGCGCAUUUUCAAAAAAGCAGUACAUAAACAAAAAUAAAUUUUUUUCAUUUCAAUAA